UAACAGCCUUUUGCAAGAGGGAAGAAAAGGCGGUUGGCGGGGACGUUUACCGGGGAAAAACGCCAGAAGAGAGGAGGAAAGUUUGGCGCGUCUGCUGCAGACUAUGACGCAGUGCGUCAAACAGGUGGGGGUGGAGCAGAAGGCCAUGGAGGGAGACAGCACAGAGGACAUCGAGUCUCUCAUGGAGGACAUGGACUACAUCCCCGGCCACUUCCACCUGGAGCUCAACCUGAACUGUGAUCCCACCGGGCCGUUGAAGCUGAGGCUCAGGGACACCUACCUGAAACAGGAGAGCCUGAGAGGAGAGCUGGAGGCUGAGGCUGGAUGUUUACAGUACGCCGUCAGAAAUCUGCUGGGUCUGCUCGCCUUUCACCUGGAACAGCUGGACAUGGCUGAGGAGAUAUUCAGGAGCAUCUGUAAAGAAGACCCCGGUAACCUCAAUGCCUGGGCCAACCUGGGCUACGUGUACGACAAGCUGAAGAGGGAGGUGGAUUCAGGGGAGUGUGUGGAGAAAGUGUCCCACCUGAUGGGACUAGAGGCCGGGGAGGCCUCUCAGGAGGAGACCAGGAUCCUGGCUGCUCGAUGUCUGGCUGAACAGGCCUACGUUUAUCCAUACGAUGUGGAACUGGACAGUGAAGAGGACCUGAGAGAGAGACUGACAGCAGCACUGACACUUUACAACAGAGCCCUGGACUAUGGAGGGAAUCUGAUACCAUUAGAGGAAAAACGGAGCUGGUAUUUCAAGAUGGCAACCAUCUACAUAAGACUUGAUGACAUUGUAAAGACCAAAGACGACUCUGAAUACUCCAGACUCUCGCACUACAAUAAAGGACUGAAACUCCUUAAAGAAACACUAGAGUCAGAGAAAACACAAAACAAAGGUCAACAUGCUCUUGCCUGGUGUUACGUCGGCCUCAUGCUGGAGAGGAAGGAAGAGUUCAGCACCGUGCCCAUGUCCAUACACGACUGUGGCUUCUCUGCCUCUGACCCCCUGUCCUGUUAUGGAACGGCUAUAAACCUGGCAAGUGACAAUGCAUUCACCCUCAACCUCCUAGCAAAGAUCUUCUUCCUGUUGGGCAAACAUGAGAUGGCCACAGGGAUCUGCAACAUGGCCUUAAACGUGCUCCCAGACCCAGAGCUCAACUGGCAGGCCUACUGCACCCGAGCAAAGAUCAGUAUGAUGCUCUAUAUCAGAGAUUUGGAGAUUGCCAAGCAGGGUCAUGGUGGAAUCCCAGACCGGCAGAAGCUAACUGAGGCCAGGAAAGACUUGGACAAGGUCCUGAGUGUACGUCCGUGUCUGAGGACUCACCUGGAAAUGGCACAGGUGUACUACUACAUGGGUGUAGACGCCCUCCAGGAGAGUCUGUUGGUGGAUGAGGGGGCAGUAAACUGUGCUCUUGUGAGUUUGUCUCAUGCUCUCCAGUUUGAGUUGAGCGACAGCCUGCCUGACCUCCACAUACUCCGAGGACGCUGCCUCCUGCUGAAAGGCGAGGAGCAAAAUGCUGCAGACUGCUUCAAACAGGCCAUGGAGCUGGAGAGACCCGGGAGCACGGACACCACGGCUCUGCGCUGCCUCCUACAGGCCCUCCUUGCCCUGUUCAUGCAGGGAGGCUCCGACCCCACCCACGCAACCACACAGCUGGAGCAGUGUGUGCAAAAAGCAGAGGAGAGGUACCCAGCAGAUUUGGUGAGGGCCGAGCUGAGGUGCCUGUACAGGACUCACACAGAUGAGGUGACAGAGUUAUCCAGAGCUCUGAUCAGGACGGGCAGACUGAGCCUGGUGAGGAGGCUGCUGGACACGGUGGUGUCUAAACAGCUGGGUAAUAAGAAGAGACAGCUAACGAAGUCUUUCUCUAUUACAUGAAGCAGAAUGUGACUAAUAGAUAUACAUGCAUAUGACAACAGCAGGCCAAACAUGUAGUUAUUUAAGACAGUUAUCUGUAAAUAGAUUAAGAUGUCUUUAGUGUGAGUGUUUUGAAGCUGUGAUUCUUCUGUCAUUAACUGGAACAUACAGUCACAUAGAGUUUUAACUGUGGAGCAACCUAAGUUACAGUGUUACAGCUCAUACAUAUAAGAUAGGAUGGUCACCACUUUUUUCACAUCCAUUUAAAUGGAUGAGAGGGAGGUUAGGAAUAUUUAUCAUAAUACAGCUGUGCUGAGGUGUUUUUUUAAUGUUUCUUCCACUCUGGCUCAAAGUCAUUUCCAACACAAGCAAUUUUGUUUCUGUUCCAAGAAUAGUGUCUGAUAUUGAAAUAAUGUCCCAGUAUCACUCCUUCAACAGAACACUUCCAUUCUUCAUUGUUUUAUACCAGCAGACAAAGGCGUACCCAUUAUAAUGCUGUCUGAUGUAUGAAAGUUGUUUAUGGUGCAGACAUUAUAAAUUAUAAACCUGUAAUAAAUGUAAAGUGCUCU